GACAGAAGGAAGGAGAGAGAGAGAGAACCGUCACGAGCACCGAAGAGAAUGCUCAGGAAGGAUCUCACAUCAUUUGCGAUAUUUGGACCGAGGAGCAGCUAAGGAGUUUCUCUUUUUUAAGGUGCCGGACAUUGACGACCGGGACCUUGGAACACUUCCGGACUUCCCUGCACACCCUUUUGUCCCCGAUGAGCGCAUGGGAACAUACCAUCAUAUUUCUGCUGUGCUCCGGUUUACUGCUGGACCAAAGUCUCCCAAGUCCUCUUCGGUCUCAGCGCCGCUUCAGGACAGGAAGUGGCGCCACACGUUUCCAGGGCUGGACCAGGCUCGGACACGGAGCGCCGCGUAUGAAACGAGGAUGGGUGUGGAACCAGUUCUUCGUUCUGGAAGAAUACACGGGUGUUCUCCCGCAGUACGUUGGAAAGCUCCACACAGACACGGACUACGGUGACGGUGCAGUUAAGUACAGGCUUUCAGGAGAAGGAGUCGGCUCUAUCUUCACCAUCGAUGAAAUGACCGGAGACAUCCAUGCUGUGACGAGGCUUGACAGGGAGGAAAAGUCCCACUACAUGCUCCGAGCCCGAGCUGUGGAUGUCAGCACUGGUCUUCCCCUGGAACCCGAGUCGGAGUUCAUCAUCAAGGUGCAGGACAUCAACGACAACGAGCCUCGGUUUUCAGACGGACCGUACGGCGCCGUGGUCCCUGAGAUGUCCCCAACAGGAACAUUUGUAACGCAGGUCACAGCCACAGACGUGGACGACCCCUCGUAUGGUAACAGCGCACAGAUCGUCUACAGCAUCCUUUAUGGACAACAGCACUUUUCUGUGGACACCAAGUCAGGGGUCAUCAGGACAGCUUCAGCCAACAUGGAUCGCGAAGAGAAGGAGGAGUACCAGAUUAUAAUGCAGGCCCAGGACAUGGGCGGCCAACUGGGGGGACUCGCCUCCACGGUCACCAUCAACAUCAGCCUCGGUGACGUCAACGACAACCCACCGCGUUUUGUCAGGAGGGUUUUUCAUCUGCGGGUGCCGGAGACGGCAUUAGUGGAUUCGACGGUGGGUCGGAUUCUGGCCCGUGAUCUCGACACGGACAGAAAUGCCGAGGUGGACUAUUGCAUCAUACUGGGGGACGAGGGCGCCAUGUUUGACAUCCUAUCUGCCGGCCAAAGUCAAGAAGGAGUUGUUGUCUUGAAAAAGCCGCUGGACUAUGAAACCAAGACCUCGUACACUUUCAAGGUCGAGGCGUUCAAUGCGCAGACAGAUCCCCGUUUCCUGCACCUUGGUCCUUUUUUGGAUUGGGCAACCGUCAAGGUCCAGGUCACGGACAUGGACGAGCCUCCGGCCUUCAGCAGAACCUCCUACUACGUGGACACGUAUGAAGACACGCCUCCAGGGACCGUCGUGGCCUCUGUGACGGCACAUGACCUUGACGCCAGCAGCAGCGCAGUCAGGUACUCGCUGGAAUGGCGAAACGAGUACGACAGCUGUUUUGACGUUGACGCCAUCGAUGGCUCUAUUUCCACCAAUGAAUACUUGGACAGAGAAGACACGUUUCAGCACAACAUUACCGUGCUGGCAUUCAAAAUCAUAAACCCUUUGCUGUCCGCCAAAGUCUUGGUGACGGUCAACGUUCUGGAUGUGAACGAGUUUCCUCCUCAGCUGGCCUUUCCACCGGACACCUUUGUUUGCGAAACGUCUCCCGUUGGACAGGUGAUUCAGACGGUCAGCGCUGUGGACUUGGAUCUUCCGCCUGUCAGCCAGAGGUUUUUCUUCAAGAUCCCUAAAGGCAUUCGCCACAGAAACUUCACUAUUCGCGAUUAUGGAAACAACACGGCCGGCAUCGUGACGCGAAGCUCCGGUUUCCGGCGGGAGGCGCAGGACACAUAUGCCCUUCCGGUUGUGGUUGAAGACAGCGGCUAUCCCGUCCGCAGCAGCACGGCGACGGUCGCCGUCCGAGUGUGCGCAUGCUCCUCGGAAGGCUCGCCGCUCGCCUGCUCCGCCCGAGCCGCCGUCCUGCCCGCGGCGCUGGGCGCUGGAGUUGCCAUGGCAACCGUGCUGUGUGUCACUCUGCUGAUAGUCCUCUCCGGCUUCUACGUGGCCCGAAGUCGCCGCCCACUGCCACACCCACACCCUCCCCCGUCCAAAGAAGACGUGCGAGACAACGUCUUCCACUACGACCACGAAGGCGGCGGCGAGGAGGACACGCACGCCUUUGACAUGGGCGCGCUGCGGCACACGCGCUCGGUGGGCGCUCGCGGGAAGGAGGCCAGUCGCUACGGCGACGGCGUCCUGUUGCAUCUGAGCAAUCGCCACGACGACGUCAGAUCACCCGACGUUCACCGGCAAACCGCGGAAACACUCGGGGAUUUCAUGGACCUGAGACUGGGGGAGAGUCGGGACAGGUAUGCGGUUUCUCCUUUUGACUCGCCUGAAGUCGGCGCUUCUGUGGCUGCCUCUCUCCAUUCCUUGGAGGACUUGUGGGGGUUUGAUGACUUGGGGGGUUUCAGUUCCCUCGGGGACUUGGUCCAGCCUUUCAAGUCUCUGGCGAGUGUCUUUGGGAGACCGACUGUGUCCGACCAGAACUGAGAUGAUCGUGGGGUGUCCUGGUCCCACAUUGAUAUCAGGGAUCCCAUUACCAUUCCUGGGGUGAUGAUUCAUUUCAGAAGCGUUAGCGAAAUACUAAAAUAUAUGACACUGAGUGGUAUACCUGCUAAAUUAGCUUAAAAAAAGCUAGCAUGCUAGCAUUAGCAUGCUAAAACGCCAACCUUAACAUGCUUCAGGUACCAAAAUAUAUCACUCUGAGGUGUGUACCUGAAAGAUGUCGUUUAUAAUGCUAGCAUGCUAAUGCUAGCAUGCUAAUGUUAGCAUGCAUCAAGACUGAGGUGUAUGCCUACACAAUUAGCGAACAAAAAGAUAGCAUAUCAAAUGCUAACAGGUAUCAUUUGUCAAGUAACAAAAUAUUUGACGCUUAGGAGUAAAUUAUCUAAAGAGUUAGCAUGCUAGCGUUAGCAUGCUAAAACAGCAACCUUAACAUGCUUCAGGUACCAAAAGAUAUCACUCUGAGGUGUGUUCCUGAAAAAAUGUUGUUUAUAAUGCUAGCAUGCUAAUGUUAGCAUGCGUCAAGACUGAGGUGUAUGCCUACACAAUUAUCGAACAAAAAGAUAGCAUAUCAACAUAAACAUGCUAACAGGUAUCAUUUGUCAAGUAACAAAAUAUUUGACGCUGAGGUGUAAAUUAGCUAAAAAAAGUUAGCAUGCUAAAACGCCAACCUUAACAUGCUUCAGGUACCAAAAUAUAUCAUUCUGAGGUGUGUACCUGAAAAAUGUUGUUUAAAAUGCUAGCAUGCUAAUGUUAGCAUGCAUUA